CUCCUCACGUACGUUGAGUCGUUGACGUACGCUGGCUUGUUUUGACCGUUUGUUUCGAUAUCCGGCUCCUAAACCUUGUCGAUGUGCUGGACGUUUUAACUGAGAGGACCAUGGUCCUCUGAUUUCAGGCCCCUUUUGUGUGCAUGGGAGUUUGUGUGCAAAAGAGAGAGAAAAGGUGGAAGAUUCAGGGAGUCUGGCUGUCUUACCAUGGCUGACGGAACCAGUGAUGACGAUGUCAUUCAUCUGGCCAGUUUCAACACACAUCGCAGCCAAGGUAACAGAUCAACAGGGAGCACCUACAUAACCAUAUCUGAUGAUUCUGAGGAUGAGCUGGUCACACUUGUGGCAAAUGAUUCUGUUGUGGUCAGAGAUGAUGAUGAUGAUGAUGAUGAUGAUAAAGAUGAAGUUAGCAUUUUGGAGCCACAGGUACUGCCUCUUCGCAGCCUGAUCCGGCCUGCUGCUCAGUGGGGGGGCAGCAUAGCCCAGAUCCAGGCCUCUGCGCCAGUCCCACACCCAGUGGACUUGCAACUUCCCCAGACCUCUGUAGCACCUGCACAGCCCACAUCAGGAAAUGAAGCCAUAGGUGUCUUUACCACGGACCAGAACCCUGUACCUUCCACGUCUAGAGACAGACCUCACUUUGCUGCUGCAGGGUCGAUACCCCUACUUAACGGGCCUGUGCCUGCUGCACACCCUUCAGACUGGGGCACUUCUCUUUUCACCCCACCUGUCGCCGAACUACCAGCUCACCCGGGCAUGGAUGUCCAGAUGGCAGAAGGCAAUCUGCAGAGAACUGAAAGGUACACAGGGGCUGCUGCCCCAAUCCCCACUCAGGAACCACCCUUGGUCCAGCCCCAGCCUGUGCAGGUGGCACCAGAGCCCGAGGCAGCCAUGCUCCAGCCUGAGGACCAGCAGCGGGUUGCUCCGCCCUCCCCCGCAAGCUUACUGGCACUGGCCGAUGACGAGAGGCCUGGCCCCUCAACAGCCAUGGUGCCUCCAGUACCACAGGCCUCUGAGCAGAAUGGUAUUGAGGUGCUUGUGAAGAAAGUGCUGGACCUUUUCCCAGAUGUACAGGAGGCUUAUGUAUCAGAACUGAUAGAGGGAAGUAACCUCAAAGAUUUAAAUGUAUUAUGCAAUAUGCUGUUGGAGAAUCCAGAUUAUCCAAGGAAAGCAAACUCUGCUCUAACUCAGAGGAGUAUGCUCCUUGAGACAAAUGACACUGAAAUGCAGGAAAGUGAGAACUAUUUUGAUUACUCCAAGUUGAAAAGUGUUGGGCCAGAGGUUGUCAUGCAAGCAGCAGACAUGCUCAUGGGUGACUUCAAAAUGCUCAGCUGCCAGGAUAUCAAAUGGGCCCUGAAUUCCCUCAAAGGACACUAUGCAAUCACCCGCAAGGCCUUAUUUGAUGCCCUUAAGAAGUGGCAAGAAAGUUCCACUGAUCCCUCAGGGAAGAAGAAGAAGAGGAAAGAGCCCAAUGAACGCACCUUUAUCGAUUUCAAGUUUGAGCAGGGUUCUUUGAAACUGGAGAGGAAGAUGUACUUCCUGGAGAAAAACCGAAGGUGGUGCAGGAGCUUUGGUGCGGUGCUGGAGCCAUCUUUAAUAAAAGAGCUUCAGUUCUAUGAGCAGAAAGCAAAGGAAAUGGCCGAGCAUGAAGAUUUCCUUCUGGCUGUUCAAGUGAAUGAGGAGCAGUAUCAAAAGGAUGGUCAGCUGAUUGAGUGUGGCUGCUGCUGUGGUGAUUUUGCCUUUGAGGAGAUGACGCAGUGCUCCGAUGGUCAUCUCUUCUGUAAGGAGUGCCUGGUGAAGUAUGCCCAGGAGGCUGUGUUCGGCUCUGGACGGUCGGAGCUGAGCUGCAUGGAUGGCAGCUGCACCUGCUCCUUCCCCACCAGCGAGCUGGAGAAGGUUCUGCCGGAGAACAUCCUCUGCAAGUACUAUGAGCGGCAGGCAGAAGAGGCCGUGGCUGCCACUUGCGCAGAUGAGCUGGUCAGGUGUCCAUUUUGCAACUUCCCUGCACUCUUGGAUAAAGAUAUUUCUCUGUUCAGCUGUCCCAAUCCUCGCUGCAGAAAGGAAAGCUGCCGGAGGUGCCAUGUGGUAUGGAAGGAACAUGCAGGGAAGACCUGCGAGCAGGUCUUGGAGAGGGACGAGAUCCGGCUGCGAGUGGCCUUCGAGGAGCGGAUGACGGCAGCACGCAUCAGGAAGUGCCACCAGUGCUCGGCGGGCCUGGUCAAGUCUGAGGGCUGCAACCGCAUGUCGUGCCGCUGUGGGGCCUUCAUGUGCUACCUCUGCCGCCAGCCCAUCAGCGGCUACAACCACUUCUGCCAGCACGCACGCUCGCCCGGGGCCCCCUGCCGCCACUGCAAGAGGUGUUCGCUGUGGACAGACCCCACGCAAGAUGAUGAGAGAAUUAUCCAGGAGAUCCAGAAGGAGGGUGAAGCUGAAUUGAACAAGAAGAGCAGUCUGGCAGAUGCCACCGGGAAGAGAGUGGGUCCUCCUCCGGAGCCUGUCCCUGCUAAAAGACCUCGGGUGAUGCAGGCUGUAGCCCCUAACGCUGUGCGACCGCCCCUCCUCAUCCCACAGGUGAUGCUGCCGGGUCCCGGUGCACAGCGCCUCUUCCUGCAGCCCGUUGCUGCCCCCUAUGUGCCGCCGCUGCCCAACAUGGGCCCCGCCAACUAUAACAUCCCUAACUUCGACUUUAACCUGCCUAUGCACUAUGGCCCACCACACCGCUUCUUCAGACCCAUCUGAAGACGUGGAACGUGUGAGCGACUCUUAGUACCCAACGCUGCCUAGACCCUCGCUCAUUUUCUUUUUCUAGCAUGGUGGUUCAGGAGACAGAGACCUAAUUUUCUCCAGAGCGUGGAACUGCAGCAGAGUGCCUAUUCCACUUGCUUCUUCUCAUUUCUUUGGAAAGGUGUUUUUUUUUUUUGUUGUUUUUUUUUGUUGUUUUUUUUUUUUUUUACAGAAUGUGGAACUCAUGCACACAAGAGGAUAUGUUUUAAUUUGAAUAAAAUAUGUUUAUGGACUUGUAAUUUGUUGUUUGUUUAUUGCUGUAAUAGGACUCAGCAUUUAAAAGUAAGUGUUAAAAUGAACAUAUAAAUGAACCCUCAUUCUGAGCUACAGAGAACAAUCUAGAGUAAAGAAACCAGCCAUAACCUUCCAGCAGGCAUUUCUUAUUGCAGUUUGUUAGGCAUUGUAGUGUGGGUUAACCGACUCUGUCCAUAUUGAUGCCUUUUAGGGAAUUCCCCGUCCCCACUCCCAUUUUGUAGGUUAAUGUUUUGUUGUUUAGAUAAAAUCUCUAAGUUGUCAGUUAAAAGUUGUCCUCUACUCCAUCUAAGGAAAACUGUUGUUGGGAAGAGCUGCAUGCAAAGAACUGGAGUCUCUUAUCUGCCCGUUCGUUAUGUGGCAGAUAUGUUCCUGUCUGAAAUCAUUUGCAUAGUUAAUUUUACUGUUUAUAUUUGUCACAUAUUUUUGCAUAUUAUUUUAUCAGAUCAUCCGGAGGUGCUGUGGAAAUGCUUCAUGGGGAAAAGACCUUUUUUCUUCUGUCAGCUCACUGUUCACUGCUCUGAUCACACUGAGAGAUCAGUUCAUUCUUUACCACCUGUUGGACUUGGUUUUGAUACCCUGGUAUGGUUGUUGCCUUCAGCCUUCGUCACACUUCCACUCCAGGAAGCUGGCACUGGGCCCUUGGGUCAGAAAUACAUGCCACUGCAGACACACAACUAAAGAGGUGGGGGGUUUGGGGUCAAGUCUAGUUCUGUGCAGUGCUGUAGUUCUCUGAAAGGAAUGCAGAGUCAAUUCCUGUACAGCCAGUAGAGCAAGUCAGGCUACAGAGUUCUAAGAAAAAGAACUUGUUAAGACAGAUUUCAAGUGAGCACCUCUAGACUGAAGUGUUCAGUGAGUCUUGUCGUGAUGUGGACUUCACAAACAAAAAAAGACGUAAGCUUCUAACAGCUUGACAGUGAGUGGUCCUUGAGAUUGUGUGGUGUUCCCUCAGGUUUAUGGAACCUGGCUCUUGUACUGUUUGUAACCUUAAGGGAGCUUGGUUUGACAAUGACUUCCACCUGCUAGCUAGGCCACUAGGUCAGCCCUACAGGUAUGGAGUGCUGAACACUGCAGGUAGCUCUGAGGUAGCACUGCCAGAGAGGCUGCUGAAAAUGGAGGUAAGCCUUUGAGUCUUCCUGCAUUUAACUGGGUCAGUAAAAUGACUAUGGGGCUUGGACUUGAACGUUUGUAAAACUGCUUUGUGACAUCUGUCGUAAAAAGCGUUAUAUAAAUAAAUUUUGAUUUUUACAUUUUUUUUUUUUUUUUAAAGUUCAAGUGUACUUGCUGGUAGGAGUCUUUCACUCAGUCCAUCCAGUUGAUCACAAUGUUUGUUUUAUAUACCAUUAUCUUAGAUGUACAUGUGAGAACUGCUGUUUGUAUACAGUAGAUAAUAUGCUAUAGUGGUUGAUUAUAGCAAUAGUGUAAAGAUGCUAUCUCGCGAUUCACAGUGUCUAUGAAGCUCAGAAUCUAAUUAUCUCUAUUUUUAUGGACUCAUGGAGAAUUCAGAGAAACAGAUCAGCGAAUGUCUCAAAAUUGCACAUAGCUGUUGUGUAACUGCAAUGUUUCAUUUUUGUGUCUUUUUUUUUUUUUUUUUUUUUUUUUUUUUUGCUUUCCUUGUGCAUUUUUUCCUCUGUCAACUUUUGGUCAAGAUGAACAAUCGCCAUCCUUCCUUGGUCACCAUAGCAAUACCUUUUACUUGUGUGACAAUGACAGCAAUGUUCCAAAUCUUUCCCUACCCACCACCCUACAUUUACUGCCUGUGCCACCUGUGAUUGACAUGUAUGGUUAGUGAGACUGUGUAACAUACAUAUGCUCUCCUGAACCUUGCUUUGUGUCUGGCCAGAUAAAGCUAAUGCCAGUUGUGGAGAAGCCUGCUUACCCUGGGGUAUAAUACUAUAGCCAUUAAAGGUCGUGAGGGCCAUCUCCCCCAUCACAGUGCCUUAGGGGGUGGUCAAAUGUAGCAUGAAGCUUUCUGAUUAACUUCUUGGGGUCAGUGCCUGUCAUGUGAUGGCUGCAGCUGCUGCCCAUAUCUUAUGAUGUCAUUAAAAGAAGGAGCCUCUUUGGCUCAUAUAAGUACUGUGAAAGGGACAUUCUAGGGAAUUGCAGACUCUCAACCUUGGUGAUUAGGUAUGAGAUGUGAUGUCUGUGUGAGCAUAUUUGUUCCUAUUUUCAUCACUUUCUCCAAAGCUACUGGGAAAUGCCACAUCAAUUUGUUUUAACUUUGUUUGACUUCCAUUUUACUGCUUCACUGAAAGCUUUUGAAUAUGUUUUUCUGUAACAUUCUGUGGUUAUUUUUGCAGUUGAAGAGUACCAUUGUUAACCAUUCAGACAAGUAUGUUGCCAGUUUAAGAAAGUAUAUCUACAUUACUAUUACUCUUUGUUGAAUUCUACUGGAUUUUUACUAGCAUACGUGUGGAAUGAAAAUACACAGCAUUCUGAUUUGAAA